AUGCAUCUCCUGGCUGCAUUUGCCCUCUUUCUUGACCUCGGCAGCGCACUUCUCGUCGCAUUCAUACCCACCUUGCUAUGGGUCUUGACCUCCCCUUCCCGCGUCUUUCGCCCUCGCAAUAUCUCCCAGUUCUUCAUGGCAAAGACGUGGGAAACCUUUGGCGACGCCAUCGACGAGCGCGAUCGGGUUGACAAGGACAAGCUCAUUGCCCCUAACGCUUACGGUGUCGUUCUGGACUUGGGUGCAGGAAACGGUCAUGCUAUCCCAUAUCUAGACACCAAACGCGUCACCAAAUACGUCGCAGUCGAGCCCAACGCCCUCAUGCACCCCAAGCUCCGCCAGACCGCCGACAAGGCAGGCUUCACCGAGGCUAAUGGAUCCCUCCUCAUUCUUGGAUGCGGCGGAGAGGACAUCAAUACCAUCUUGCAGGCACUUGGCGGCACGCACUCCAUCGACACUAUUGUCUCCGUCAUGGCGCUCUGCUCUGUCCCUGACCCACAGAAGACCGCCCGCGUGCUCGCUCAGGAGGCACUCAAGCCCGGUGGUCUCUUCUUGUUUUACGAGCACGUGCUUAGUCCAAGGAAAGACGUGCAAUGGUGGCAACGUCUCUGGACUCCGCUGUGGGUCAGGGCGUUCGACGGAUGCUGCCUCGACCGUCCGACGCAUAUCUGGAUCGACGAAAUUGGCGGAUGGAGUGACAAGGCGGUUUGGGGCAAUGCUGACGAGACAGAGGAGAAUCUGUUUUUGCACCGGUCUGGUAAGUUUGUCAAGGCUGCGUGAACUGAACGUGUGCUGCAUCAACACGAGGCUCAUACAAAUUUCUUGCCCGCCUAGCUGAAGCGACGUGUAGAAAUGUAUCACCGCGCGUUGUCAUACUAAUACAGCUAUCAUUACAAAC